GCUCUCAUUUCCAAGCAUGAAAGGUGAAUACGUAGAACCCAGUAAACCAAACCCCAACGACAUGUUCUCUAACCUCCGCCAACACCAAACUCACCAUUUCUCCCAUCACUUUCAGCUCUCGCGCGACUCUCGAACCCCCGACUCCGAUGACGCCACCCACACCCCUAGCCACGGUCCCAAAGAUCUUUCCACCACCCAUAGCCCUUCUCUUCCCAGCGGCGGCAGUGGGACUCGUGGCGGUGCUAACAGUGGUGGAGAUGGAGCGAGCAUCGAAAUCGUUCGUAGACCCAGGGGUCGUCCUCCGGGUUCGAAAAACAAGCCCAAGCCGUCCGUCGUCAUCACUCACGAGCCCGAGCCCGCAAUGAGUCCUUACAUUCUCGAAAUCCCUGGAGGAAACGACAUCGUAGAAGCUGUCGCACGCUUUUCUCGUCACAAAAACAUCGGAAUCUGCGUGCUCACGGGAUCUGGGACUGUCUCCAACGUGUCUCUCCGUCAACCUUCAUCGGCCACUCCAGGAGGCACCAUAACUUUCCAUGGCAGAUUCGACAUCUUAUCCCUCUCCGCCACGUUCCCAGCCCAAACGACUUCGUGCCACGUGCCGAACACGAUUCCCAUAUCUUUAGCCGGUCAUCAAGGGCAGAUCGUUGGAGGGUUCGUAGCUGGUCCGCUUGUAGCAGCUAGCAACGUGUUUUUAGUAGCUGCUACAUUCAACAACCCUUCGUAUCACCGGUUACCCAGGGAAGAAGAAGAAGGGAGGAAUACGGUGUCGUCUGGUGGUGCAGGUGGGCAGUCGCCGCCAUUAUCUGGUGGUGGUGGAGAUAGUAGUCACGGUGGUGGGGCAGAUUCUUGUGGGGUUCCGAUGUAUAAUAGUCAUAUGGCCGGAUCAGAUGUCAUAUGGGCUCCGACUGCUAGACCACCACCGCCUCCACCGCCAUACUAAUGAGUUCAAAGCUUUAGCUUUUUAAGCUUUCUUUUUUUUUAAAA